ACUGGAGAGCCCCCACUAAUAAAUGGCUGGAUUCCUUACCUUGGGAAAGCUUUGAUUUUUAGAAAAGAUGCUUACAAAUUCUUACUGGAUCAGCAAAAGAAAUUUGGAGAUAUUUUCACUGUACAUAUUGCUGGUAGAUAUAUUACCUUUAUCAUGGACCCGUUUCAAUACGUCUAUGUCAUCCGAAAUAGCAAGCAACUUGAAUUUCAUGAAUUCGCUAAUAAAAUGGCAUCCAAAACCUUUGAUUACCCAGCCUUGUCAAAAGGAAAAUUCCCUGAACUCAAGGAAAACCUUCACAGAAUCUACCAGUAUCUACAAGGCAAGCCUUUGGAUAUCAUUUCUGACCACAUGAUGAAAAAUCUCCAGGAUAUAUUUGAAUGGAAAUGCUCACAAGCAACAGAUUGGGAAACAGAAAAAAUGUACAAAUUCUGCUGCUCUGUAAUGUUUGAAGCCAGUUUUGUAACACUAUAUGGAAGAGUUCCUGCUGCAGAUGGCCACAAAGUUAUUAGUGAAAUCAGAGACAAAUUUAUCAAGUUUGAUGCCAGCUUUCCCUAUUUAGCUGCAAACAUACCAAUUGAGUUGCUAGGAGCUACCAAGAAGGUUCGGAAGGAGCUUAUACAUCAUUUUUUACUUCAGAACAUGACAAAAUGGCUGGGAGGGUCAAAAGUGGUCCAAGCCAGACAAGAUAUAUUUGAGAAAUAUGAGCUGCUUGGAGAUUAUGACAAAGCAGCACAUCAUUUUGCCUUCCUGUGGGCCUCUGUGGGAAACACGAUUCCAGCUACAUUCUGGGCCAUGUAUUAUCUUCUGCGGCACCCAGAAGCUCUUGCAGCGGUGCGUGACGAGAUUGACCAUUUGCUGCAGUCAACAGGUCAAAAGAGAGGGCCCACAUAUAACAUCCACCUCACCAGAGAACAAUUGGACAACCUGGUCUACCUAGAGAGUGCCUUAAACGAGAGUUUAAGAAUGUGCUCAUCCUCCAUGAACAUCCGCAUCAGCCAAGAGGAUUUUGUUCUCAAGCUUGAAGGGAAUCAAGAAGUCGUUUUGAGGAAAGGAGACUGGAUAGCCCUUUACCCGCAGAUUUUGCACAUGGACCCUGAGGUCUAUGAAGAUCCUAAGGAGUAUAAGUUCGAUCGAUACAUAGAGAAUGGCAAGAAGAAAACCACAUUCUACAAAGCAGGAAGAAAACUGAAGUAUUUCCUAAUGCCCUUUGGCUCUGGGAUCAGCAUGUGUCCAGGGAGGUUCCUCGCAAUGAAUGAGAUGAAGAUGUUUCUUUUCAUACUAUUGUCUCAUUUUGAUGUAGAACUAGCAGAAAACAAAGCUGUCAGACUUGAUAACAGUCGCAUGGGCCUUGGUAUCCUCCUGCCAGACGUUGAUAUUGCCUUUCGUUACAAGCUGAGGUCCUUAAGAAAUUGA